AAAAUUAAAAAAAACUACAAAACCUACAAGUUUCACACUCUUCUUCGCGUAGACAGUUUUUGUUCAACAAAUGAAAAAAUAGUGAACUCUGUCUCCCAACUUCUACUAACUAAUAAACUAUUAUUACGUUUUUUGUUCUUUGCCACACAAAAACCCCCAAAAUUCAACCAAAAAAAAAAGUGCGCGCCAAUCUAUCUCAACAAAAGGGACAGUGAACUUAUCCAAAAUUAUUAUUAAAUCAUCUUUCUUUCUCCAAAAUCCCUGAAAAAAACUGUCGACCAAAAAUAUAAUUAUGCUGACAGUGUCAAGUGUGUCGUCGUGCAUGCUCACACUUCCAACACAAAAAGUUGCGUUGUGAACUAUUCGCAAAUAAAUUCACAUCGCUUAUUUAAGCCUUUUUGAAAUCCGCCAAAAAUUUGUGCUCCUUUUAACUAAAUAAUGUUCAAUUUCAUUAUUUCAAUAUUUACAAACACUCGCAUUGGUCAAGAAUUAUUCGAUUCACCGGCCUCCUCUGAUUUAGAGUCAUUCUCCAUGUUUAUAGUAUUUUUUUAUAUUAAAUUACUUUAUAUUUUAUUAACAAUUUAUUUAACUUUGUAUCAUAUUAAUUUAAAUAAUCUUUAAACACACAAUUACAAAAUAAAUAAAGUGCGUGUGUGACUGUAAGGAUGCCACAAUUGUAUCAUUUUAUUGCUGAACAAUUUAAAGAGAAUCUAAUGUUGGGUGGACAAUCUUCGUCCUCCUCCCAGCAGCACAUGGUCGCUGGUCGACUGUGUCAAUAUCUGAAACCUUGGCAAUUGGAGGGUUUGAGAUUCCUUUAUAAAAACCAUGAAAAAGGAGAAGCUUGUAUUUUGAAUGAUGAAAGUGGUUUGGGAAAAGUAGUCACUGUGACAACUUUUCUAGGAUCAAUUCUAACCAAUGACACAACGAAAAAGUGUUUGAUUGUUGUAAGAGAUGAAUCGGCUAUUGAGGAAUGGCGAUUUCAUUUGAGUGUGCUGACACAUUUGACAAAUAAAGUGAUCGAGAAGACAAGUGACAUCAACUUCGACACGGUAUUCCUUAUUAUCAAAUGGAGUACAUUAAAAAACAUUGAAAUUGAUAAAAUCAACUUCGAUCACAUUAUCGUCGAUAAUCGUGGAGAAAUGUUGAAUAACAAAUUCUGCACCGGCAUCCUGUUGAGGUAUUUUGAAAACAAAACAACAAUUAUCAUUUCUAGUGUUGAUGUUACGUCCGAUAUUAAACUCCUCCAUAUUCUACUGCGAUUAUGUGGUCGUCUCGAUCGCCAAUAUACAGAUGUUAAAAUAUUUGAAGACAAAUUUCAAUUGCCACAGCUGCAAGAGGGUGUAAGCAACAAAGUUGACCUGGAAGACUAUUUCGUUAAACGCGAAAGAGUUAUUAACUUUUGCCGAGAAUUUCGCCUAAGACGUUAUUGCCAUCAAUUCGAUGAGGAAUUCCCAAUUGUGUCACGCAGUGAAUUCCAAAGGCACCUUCAGCAAUGGCAAAGCCAAAAUAAAAACUCUUUAAGUUCUGGAUCUGUAAAGCUAAUGAGUUCUUCAUCCGAGAAGGACACUGAAGAAUUAUUCAAAGAAUAUUUUCAGGUUAAACAAGAACGUGACAUCUGCAGGCUGGAUUAUGAAGUACAACAAUACAAUGAACAAUUACCUAGUGUCAUGGAUUAUGAAGAUACAGCAAAUAGCUCAGAUGAUGUUGUUGUUAUGUCUCCAUUGCUUUUGGUAUCGGAAUCAGAAUCUGAUGAUGAUCAAACACAAAUUCAAAAUAAUGACCGAAAUAGUCAAUUUAUUGAAGAAAUCGAUAGUGAGGAAAAGAAAACGAGAAAUGAUGAUGAGAAGAAAACAUCGAAAAGAGAUUCUGAAAAUACCUCAGUAACGAAUCGAAGAAAAUCUAAAAAGCCUACAAAGACUCUGUCGAAAAGCAAUAAUACUAUGCAUCAGGAUGAUAGCAAAAAUCUUAGAUCUCGGGCGCUGACAAGUCCUAAAAAGCCUCUUCCUUUACGAACUAAAUCUAGAAAAUCCUUGGAGACUGAGAGAGUUAAGGUUGAUGGUAAUGAAAAGCAAAACAAAGACAAAGAAACAGAAAAGCGACUUAAAAAUCAAGAAAAAGUUAAGACAGUUAGUCAGAAAGAAGAAGAAAAGACAAAACAAAAUAAAGAGGUUAGUAAUACAAAAAUUAAAGAAACCCAAGAAAAUCCGAAGCAGGAUAAAGAAGAGAAAAAUAAAGACAAGGUGAAGAAUUCGAAGGGCGAUGAAAGCCUUAAAAAGAAUGAAAAUAGUCCAAAGGAGAAAAAACCUGAAGAAAGUUCAAAGGCACAAAAGGAGUCAAGAACUGAGAGUACAACGAAUUCAGACAAAUCCGAAAAAAUCCAGGAAACACAAACACCAACGAGAACACCUAAGGUUAAAUUGAGAUCCUUCCGACAAAGCAGGUAUGAUAAAUUGGAGAAACCGAAGAAUUUGACAGAGGAAUUUAAGAAACAUGAGAAAAAAGUUCUAAAUCAAUUAGAGAAUUGUACCUCUGUUAUUGAUAGCCAUAACAAAACUACUCCCAUUAAAGAAAAAAGCAACGAAAAAGUCAAAGAAACGAAAAACGACAAAGACAACAAACCAGGAGAAAUAAAAAAAAUAAUUAUUCCCAAAAACUUAAAAUCUAAUAUUGCUAUUAUGCUUGAAGAGGCCCAAAAGUUUGUAAGGAAUGAAAAUAUUGGUAGACGAGUAAAGAAAUCCGAGAACGUAAAGAGCCGAGCCAACAAACUUGAAGUACCAGAAGUUAUUGUAGUAACAAAGAAAGCUGAAGAAAGUCCAAAGAAAAGUGUUUCUCCUUCAAAUGCUCCGAAGUGUCCACAGUCUCCAAAAGAAAAAAAUCUACAAACUACACAAAGUACCCAGCAACCUUCAAAAGAAUCAAGUAAGCAAACUGCACAAAAGUCUCCAAAGUCUCCAAAUGAAACAAAUAAGCAAUUUACACAAAAGGUCCAACACUCUCCAAAAGAAACAAAAAGGGAAACUGCACAAAAGUCCCCACAGUCUCCAAAAGAAACAAAUAAGCAAACUCCACAAAAGGCACAAAAGUCUCCAAAAGAAGAAACAACAAAGCAAACUACAAACAAUAUUAAAAACAAAUCGGCUAAUUCAAAAUCAAAAUGCCUGCCAGUGACGGAAUUAACACCAAUCGGUGUGCAUAGCAUAUCAACUCGAGGAAUGCAACGUCAUACUCGAUCAAAUCCAGUCACCAGUAAAUACAUGAAAGUAGCAAUUGCACAGGUUUCCACAGCCAAAAAAACCACACCCAAACGAUUAGUUCGACGUCGUCGAUCAAUUGUUGUUGUGAGGAAAGUUCCUCCAAAGGAAAAACAUACCAAACCACCAUCGCCAACACCGUCGGUAUUAAGUCCAAGUCCCGCGGAAAGUAUGCAGCUUGGUCAGGCUCUUGAACCAACAAAUAAUUUCUUGGUACCAGAAGUGAUUACACCAGCGCCAAGAAAUUUCAACUAUCACUUUCCAUUAAUGCUGGACAGAGAAACAUCUGAUUCAGAGUGUCAAAUUGCCUCGCAAAUUAGCAACAAUCAAGAAGUUAUUGUACUCACAGGUUCAUCAACUAACGACCAUGAAAUGGAACCACCCAAGAGUACAGUAUCACGUCGGAAAACAACUGCUGUCAAACCGCCAAUGGUAACCAUACACAGGCCAAUGUUUAGCAAAGCCAAAUCACCAGAUCUCUUUAGUACUUGUAGUGACCUGAGUCUGCCGUGUUCACAACAACAGACCAAUAAAACCCAAUUCGAAGGAUUUAAAAUCUUUGGUUCAGAGCUACGGCAACCACCUGUAAAACAACAACGAUCAUGCUUAGAUAUUCUCGAGCGAAUGCUAGAACCUCGGAGUGGCAUAGUGGCUGGAAAGAAAACAACACCAACCCCAACACCGACACAAGAGAAGCCAAAAACCCCUUCCCAUCAGCACUGUAUGGAAGAUGAAGAUGCAAUGUUUGAGAUAACUGCCAAUGGCACAUUUGGCAAUACACUUAGGGUAAACUCUAAUGGCGAAAUGUCUCCCAUACGUAAUAAAAGUCAAUCAACACCACCUGCUUCGGCUCAUCCCAAGAACAGAAUUACCAAUUACCUGAUCAGCAAUAGUCAGCAUUUGAGCAGUUUAGCUCAGCCAUCAUUUUCAUCAUUGGAAGAGGUAACUGACCUUUUGCCGAAAACACCAAAGCGACGGAAGUCAUUGUCUGGAAAUGUUAAACGUUCCCCAAGGCCUCUUUCAACUGGAAUGACAGGUGGUGGAAAAUCGCAAUCAACGAAACUAACCCAAUGGUUAGUGAAAAACUCGAAUGCACAGGUUAAAGAAUCACCAGGAAAACCACAAUCAUCUAAAAGAAGACGUUUAGAUUUAUCCUUCCCUGAUAAAUAACAUAACAAUUUUUACCUAAUUAUAUCUUAGAUAUAAGAAUAAAUACAACAUAGACUCACUAAGAAAAAAACCUAAUGAAGAUGGUUAAGUUGAGAGUUUAUAUAAUUAUUCAAACAUUUCAAAUGUUGAACUAAAAAGAAAAUGUUUUAUUUUUUAAAAUAAUUAGAUGCUUCCGCCCCAAUCCCCACGUAGUUAGAAUAAUUUGAA